UAAUGGCAAUAUUUUUAUUACAGGCCGACUCUGCCAUGAUCGCAAAAAGGAGGCUCUCUUCUGAAACUCUGAUGAUUUCAAGUAUUUUGAAAACUUGCGCCAGCGAAAUGGAGAUUGUAGCAGCUCUACCCAGCAUCCUCCAGUUUUGUGCUUCGUCUGCUGUUGUUGACGAAGAGUUGAGAAAGCUCCUUCAAAUGCAUCAGGAAUCAGUGGAAAGACUGGAAAAGCUUGAAUCUCAGCAGCAGGAGACAGAUGAAGCAAAGAGGAGCGAGUUGCUUCAGCUUAGAGGGAGCAUAGUAAAAUCAGGCAAGGAUGUCGUUAUGUUUUUCCAGCUACCUCCGGAUGUUUUUUUAGGCUUAAAAAAACAGAUUACUAUGGAAGCAGGUGAAUACGAGCAGAAGAUCAUCAGGAUGCUUCAGUUGUAUCACAAAUAUUGGGUAGAAUAUUCGCGUUCUGACAGAGAACCGGAUCCAAGGGCUGAUUUAGUUCUGGACAAAUUGAUUUCAGCGGAAGCAGAAGAAGCUGCAACAUCGAAAGAACUAACUGAAAAGCUCCGACAGCUGGACAUUAAGUUAAAGCAAGAGGAGAACAUUUUGGCUAAGGAUGAAAUAAUCGCUGAACAGGAAAGACGAAAACACGAAAACACGAAAACAGGAAAACGAAUUCAAAACGGCUGA